GGGCGGGAGUGUGUGCGCGCGUGUGAGCAGGGUGCCGCGGGCUGCAGCGGAGGCCCUUCGGAAGAAUGACUCUGGAGUCCAUCAUGGCGUGCUGCCUGAGCGAGGAGGCCAAGGAAGCCCGGCGGAUCAACGACGAGAUCGAGCGGCAGCUCCGCAGGGACAAGCGGGACGCGCGCCGGGAGCUCAAGCUGCUGCUGCUCGGGACAGGAGAGAGUGGCAAGAGUACCUUUAUCAAGCAGAUGAGGAUCAUCCAUGGCUCUGGAUACUCUGAUGAAGACAAAAGGGGCUUUACCAAGCUGGUGUACCAGAACAUCUUCACAGCCAUGCAGGCCAUGAUUAGAGCUAUGGACACACUGAAGAUCCCUUAUAAGUAUGAGCACAAUAAGGCUCAUGCACAGUUAGUGCGAGAGGUUGAUGUGGAGAAGGUGUCUGCUUUUGAGAAUCCCUACGUAGAUGCAAUAAAGAGCUUGUGGAAUGACCCUGGAAUCCAGGAAUGCUAUGAUAGACGACGAGAAUAUCAGUUAUCUGACUCUACCAAAUACUAUCUGAAUGACUUGGACCGCGUAGCCGACCCUUCCUACCUGCCUACACAACAAGAUGUGCUUAGAGUUCGAGUCCCUACCACAGGCAUCAUCGAAUACCCCUUUGACUUACAAAGUGUCAUUUUCAGAAUGGUUGAUGUAGGGGGCCAAAGGUCAGAGCGAAGAAAAUGGAUACACUGCUUUGAAAAUGUCACCUCUAUCAUGUUUCUAGUAGCGCUUAGUGAAUAUGAUCAAGUCCUUGUGGAGUCUGACAAUGAGAACCGGAUGGAGGAAAGCAAAGCCCUCUUUAGAACAAUUAUUACCUAUCCCUGGUUCCAGAACUCCUCAGUCAUCCUGUUCUUAAACAAGAAAGAUCUUCUAGAGGAGAAAAUUAUGUAUUCCCACCUAGUUGACUACUUCCCAGAAUAUGAUGGACCCCAGAGAGAUGCCCAGGCAGCUCGAGAAUUCAUCCUGAAGAUGUUCGUGGACCUGAACCCAGACAGUGACAAAAUUAUCUACUCCCAUUUCACAUGCGCUACAGACACCGAGAACAUCCGCUUUGUCUUUGCUGCCGUCAAGGACACCAUCCUCCAGUUGAACCUGAAGGAGUACAAUCUGGUCUAAUCGUGCCUCCCAGAAACCUGCCCUUCCCUUCCCUGGUGGGAUGAUGAUAUACAGGAGGGACUGUAUUUCUGUGGAAACAAUUUGCAUAAUACUAAUUUAUUGCUGUCUGGACUCUGUGAGUGUGUCCACAGAGUUGUAGUAAAUAUUAUGAUUUUAUUUAAACUGUUCAGAGGAAAACAGGAUGCUGAAGUACAGUCCCAGCACAUUUCCUCUCUAUCUUUUUUUUUAAAGGCAAAAUCUUGUGAUUCAGUGUAUUUUAAAUUCUCAGUCAUGCACUCACAAAGACAAAAAAGCUUUUUUUCUCUCUCCUUUUCUAUUGAGCAAAACAAAGCUGAUUUCUUCUUAAUAUAUGCUUCCCUCAUUAUUUUUCCCCAGAUUACAAUGGCCUUUAUCCUAGUUCCAUUCUUGAUCAAGUUUUUCUCUCGAAUGAUAGGAUAGUGUCAUUCAAUUUAAGCCAUCUUUCAUCAGCUUAAUUUAACAGUUUGUAGUUUUUGCUGAGGGAUUAUAUGUAUUACUACUAUGAUUUUAAAUGUUUUGCUUGGGAUACACACCUAGUGUCUCUUUUAAAAUAUAUAUAUAUAUGCAUAUGUGCAUAUAUAUGUAUGUAUGUGUAGUCUUGUCUCACUUUGGACUAAGUCACUGGGCACCCAUAGAAAGGUUAAGCAUCAUUUCUUGAGGGGUUUGUCUUUCAGUUAUAGUUGGAUUGCUCAUAGAAAUGCAUGGAAGUCAGAGGGCAUGAGCAUAGACAUACUGGGGGAGUCCUUGCUUUUGAAACUUAUGUGCCAUUGUCCUUCCUUGCUUGCUUCUUUUUCUUCUUUUUUAUUUUUUCACUCUCUAAAUCGCAGAUGCCAAAUACUAUGCCAACAGACACUACAUUCCUCAAUGGCUGCUACCCAGAACCUUCCAUAGGUCGGUCUGCCUUCCUUCCUUCCUUUUUUCUUCUUUGUCAACUUUUCUCCCCUUUUUCCAUUGUGUUUAGGCCAUAAUUUUAAAAUAAUUUUUAUGGUGAGUAUGUGUUGCCAAAGCUGGCUUUUUUAUUAAAAGACAAAAUGCAUGAACUUAAAAAAUAAGCCAGCAUCUUACAAUGAAAAAAAAAAAAAGAAGUAGAACUGUGGAGCCUAAGAUGGCUGGCUGAAAUAAUCUGAAACAAAUUGCCAAACAAGUGGUAACUAUAAAUUUGAUUCUCGUGGUCCAUUCUUCUCUUUGCCCCUGAGGUCAUAUUAUUUAGUGUCAGUGUUCCAUGGUGAGUGUCCAAUUCGCAGUAUAGAAAAGUAUCCUGUGUGGUCUGUCAUGAAAUCUGCUAUGUCUCCUUAUUGAAGCCAGUUUUACUUACUCUUCGUGUUCAAUUUCAAGUAAGUCUGCCAAGAACAGUGGUUGAUAGUGUUCUACUGAAACUUGUAAUUUGGGGGAAGGGUAAAAGGGUUGUGAAUACUAGCUUACCACCUUGGAAUCUUCUUCAACUGGUAACUGACUAAGUUGAAUUCAAGGAAGAUUUGUGGGCCUAACUCUAAAGUAACCUUUCAGUGUCCCGUCAGACAUGUAUUUAUUUAGCCAGACGUACUUAUAAGAGAUGUUUGGAAUUUUGUAUGUGCAAUUUUUUAACAAAUGCAAAAAGUACCAUACAUGAAUCAGUGAGCUUCUGUCAAACAGCCCAAGUUGUAAUGUGAUUUAAGAAAAUAAAUGGAUUUUUCUAGGGCUGCUGGGAAGUUAGAAUUAGACCAUAAUGCUAAUCUCAAUAAUAUGUGGCACUGGUCUAAACUUCGAUUUAAAUCACUUUUUGGAAUAACAAAGAGGAAGGAGAGAACUAACAGCUUAUUAAUUAGAUGAGUACCAAAGUUACUGAAAAGUCAUGAAAUGUUCUCAUUCUUUACUCUCCUGGCCUCAAACAACACAGAUAACUUUUUAUUCCUUGCUCUAGAAAGCACCUGUAAUUUAAUUAACAGACUGCCUGUAGGUAUAGUGCAAUUAUGAAUGCUCUAAUCACUGUACAUACAUCUCUUGAUACUGCAUCAUCCAUACUGGCUUUGUAAUCAUUAAUUUUUUGGCAGAUUGAAUGUGCUGUAUUGAUAUGUAUCUAUGUAAUUGUAUUGUAUGUCUUAUAGCUAAUUCACAUUUUGAAUAAUGUUAUUUUAUUUACUUUUUUAAGAGAGGAGAAUGUAAAUUUGUCAGUUUAUUUCUGACUAGGGAUUUUUUUUCCAUUUAGAAAAGAAAAAAACCUUACUAUCAUACAGAGCGGUACUAGCAUCGUGCUGUAUAAAAUCAUUUGCACAUUCCUGAGUAGAGGUAUACUAAUUAUAAAGACCCAAAGGUAAUUUCAUAGCAAAAUACAAAAAAUCAGUUGGAGCUUUUAUACAAACAUGGAAACCAACUUUGUAGAACUUUUGCCAUUUGACCUAAGGUUGGAAUAUGAGCUUUUAUACAAUUCAUAUUCUUAUUUGGCAAAUGCAGUUUAGUAUUACCUCUCUGAUGGCCUUUAUUAGAAAGGCAGUUUUAGAAGCUAUUGUGAUCCACUAAGGAUGUUUUAUCAGCUAGAGACCACUGCUUGCCUGAAAGGGCGAUCUUAAAUUUGGUGCAGCAAAAAAUCAGAAAACAAAAACAAACAAACAAAAUAAAGUAAACAACAUUUGAUGGCCUACAGUGUGUAUAGAGAAAACCUCAUCACAAGAUUAUAAGUGUUAACAGUUUUAAGGAAUCAAGAUAUUCUAUUUAAUAGAGCUAUAGUAGAUGUAGUCGAUUAAUCCUGAUCUCAGAGCUCACAGAAGUUGAGCUAAACAGGGAAAGAUUAUUAUAUUUGUCUUUAUGAAAUUGGGAUGGAAUUUGCUAUGCAGAAUUGAAGUUUGUGGCUUCACAGCACAUCCUGGGGUGCAUGACAGGAUCCCUUCUUUUGAGGAAGGAAAAAAUUGAUCACCCUAGGUGCAGUGAUACCAAACACCUAAAUGUAUCCACACUAGUCAUUGAAACUAAAAAAAAAAAAAAGAAAAAGAAAAAGAAAAAAAAAAAAGAAAUUGUUGUUUCUUUGUUUGGGCUUUUAUUGAAGGGUGAGGGGUGGGAAGGGAUUCUUUUCAGUUUUGUACAAAAACAACGUUUACUCAUGCUUUCUCCUAUCGUGAUUGCAAGCAUUCUAAGCGUGUGCCACUAGGCUCCUGUUGUUGAUGCUCGAGGUAAUGGAGGCUUGUGGUGAGUUUUAUGGUGACUUGGGCAUGUUUUAUUCAAAAACAAAACACAAAAACAUUUCUUCAGCAUACCACGGCAAGCAGCCAUCUCAUGAGUCGGGUAGCACAUCGCAGUGUACCAGUUUACAGAUCAUUUCUUCCUUUUUUGUGUGAUGCGGCAGUUCCAACACACAGAGAAUUCCUGUUUGUAAAUUGGAGGUUUAUACUAUGCCUUACAGAGCUUACAUUCAGAAGUUUGUGCCUCAUAUCUGAAACAAAGGGAAAUAAUACCCAUUUCAAGCCUGUAGUCCCCUAGAAGUAGUUGGGCUUUUUCCUUAACAUUUCCAUAUAAAGAGCUCUGUUGAAUACCAGGAAUAGACUGGGAAAAAAUUCUUCUUAGGGACCUGCAUGUGUUGUUUACCAGCAGAUGACAUCUAUAAAAGGUAUUUGAAGAACACCUAGAACUUUUUUUUUUUUUUUGGGGGGGGGUAGAUUAGCAGGCCUAAUAUUUUAAAAAAGGUGAUUCAGCUAAAGGGCAAUUUACUUUUUGUACUUCAGACUAUCUUGAUUGUCGAAGUGUACGAACUGUAAUUUAAAAAUUUAUACUGCCACAUGAUUGUAAAUUUUAGUUGUCUUAAGUUAGGGAUUGUUGAAAAGCUAUUUAUGCUGGAUCUGGGUCAAAAUGACUUGAUUAUUUGCAAAAAAAAAUAAUAAUAAUGGGAAGAAAGGGCUGCAUAAUGAGGUUCUGCAAGACUUGGAUCUUGGUUGGAAAUUCCCUCAGAUGACCUUUGAUGACCCUUGAUCUCCCUUUGUUUUCAGUUUCUCAAAAGAAUGAAUGAAAUGAAAUAUAGCAGAAUGUUAACCCAUGUAAAAAUAAAGUGUACCCAAAUAUUGUAAUGGA